GUCGUGGAAAAUAAGUGGUCCGCGUAUAAAACGGAGCAAACGGAUCCGUUUCAGUCACAGUUCGAUCUUGGCUUCUUGGCACGCACAGCGGGUGCUGAGAAACUAGACGCACAACAGCACUGCUUUCGUCCUUUUUUUCCUUUCCCAACGCACAUACACAUACACCCAUAUAUCUGUGCUUUUGGUUUCCUGUGUUUGUUUUGAGAGUGAUUUAGAAUUUGGCGAGUGUUUGCAGCGGGCCAAGUGUUAACUAGUGCCAGAGUAGCGCGGAUUUCCCCUACGUAUACGACCAAGAUGAUGCUGUUUGUAGUAGCAUCAGCGUUGAUCGCCCUUAGCCAGGUCGAUGCAGUGAAUGUGGCUACCUCGUACAGUGUGGUCCAUCACGAUCAAACGGCCGCACAGCCGCGUCUGCUGCAGAAAGCGUCCCACGUGUACGCACCGUCAGCUCAUGUCGUUUCUGCCAGCCACAGUUACAGUCAUGCCGCAGCCCCACACUACGCCCCACUGGUUAGCAAAACUCGCUACACCGUACCGUUCCUGAGUGCACUGCAAGCGCAACCGCAGUGUCCGGCACCGCCGUCCUGCCUAAAGUCGCGCUACCGUACGCUGGAUGGUUCGUGCAACAACCUGCAAAACCCGACCUGGGGUACUCCGAACCGUCGUUACGGUCGUCUCUUGACGCCCAAGUACGGUGAUGGUAUUUCCCAGCCGACGGUUUCCGUUACCGGACAGGAGCUGCCGAACUCUCGCGUCGUGUCGCUGGUUGCCUUCGGUGAACAGGACAUCCCGGAUCCGGAGUACACGCUCGGAAACAUGCAGUGGGGACAGAUCAUGACGCACGACAUGAGCAUGCAGGCCGGUGGUACCCAGUCGAAGAAACACCCAACCAGAUGUUGUACCGAUGAGGGCAAGCUGAUUGGCAAGGAGCGCGCACCGAGCAGCUGCUACCCGAUCAUUGUCCCGGAACACGAUCCGGCCCACUCGCAGACGGACACCGAAUGUAUUAACUUCGUCCGCACGCUUACCGAUCGUGAGGAUCAGUGCACGCCAACCCAUCCGACACAGCCCGCCGAACAGCUGACGACGGUCACCUCCUAUCUGGAUCUUUCGCUCGUUUACGGUAACUCCGAUCAGCAGAAUGCUGGCCUGCGUGCCUUCACCGGUGGCCGUAUGGCUGUGGUCGAACGUGACGGAUAUGAGUGGCCACCGAACAACCCGAACGCAACGGCUGAGUGUGAGAAUGAAUCGCGCGACGAGGUGUGCUAUCUGGCCGGUGAUUCCCGCGUCAACCAGAACCCUGGCCUGACGAUCAUGCAGAUUAUUCUGCUCCGCGAGCAUAACCGCCUUGCUGACCAGCUGCAGAAGCUGAACCCGCACUGGGACGAUGAGCUGCUGUUCCAGGAGGCACGCCGCAUCAACAUUGCUCAGUAUCAGCACAUCAACUACUACGAAUGGCUGCCAAUCUUCCUCGGCUGGGAAAACAUGGUCAAGAACCGUCUGAUCUACCGCGUGAAGGGAGGCGAAUACAUCAACGACUACGAUCCGAGCCAGGACCCUUCGGUGUUGAACUCGCAUGCUACUGCCGCCUUCCGUUACUUCCACUCGCAGAUUGAAGGACGUCUUGAUUUGGUAUCGGAGAUCCGCAAACCGACUGGAUCGCUGCGUCUGAGCGAUUGGUUCAACCGUCCCUCGAUCAUUGAAGCCGGCGACAACUACGAUUUCCUGACGCGCGGUCUUGCCACUCAACCCGAGGAACUCACCGACACGAACUUCGAUGCCGAGAUCAAGCACUUCCUGUUCCGUCGUGGACGUCCGUUCGGUGGUGAUCUGCGUGCUAUCGACAUUCAGCGCAACCGUGAUCAUGGUUUGGCCGGUUAUAACGAUUACCGUGAGUUCUGCGGUUUCAAGCGUGCCUCCACCUGGGAAGAUCUGAUGGAUUUGAUUUCGCCACAGGAUGUUUCGAAACUUCAGUCACUGUACGCUAGCAUUGAUGAUAUCGAUCUAACUGUCGGUGGUUCGCUGGAGGCUCACGUUAACGGUGCCCUUGCCGGACCUACCUUCCUGUGCAUUCUGACGGAACAGUUCUACCGUACGCGUGUUGCUGAUCGAUUCUUCUACGAGCGUGGUGAUAAGGAUUUGGCCUUCACCCGCGAGCAGCUGGCAGAACUACGCAAGGCCAGCAUGGCCCGACUGUUCUGCGACAACGGUAACCACGUCGCGUCCAUGCAGCCGAAGGCAUUCCUGCGAAUUUCCCACAGCAAUCAGGUGGUACCGUGCUCUCAGAUCCAGGAAGUUGAUCUAUCGCUCUGGAAGGACCUUUCGUACGAUAACAGCUUGAACUCGUUCCACUAUUUCCACAACUACAAGAAAUAGGUUUGAGAUGAAUGAACGCGAAUGUGUGUAGUUCCGCCGCACCAACUCACCUCACAAGUUUUCUUCUCACCUCCAAUGUUUCUUUCGCACCCUGCGCCUGUGCUCACCCUUACAAGUGCGAACGUACGUUUAUAGCAAAAACGCGUAUAAGGUUUGUUAGAAUGUUUUUGUAAUUUUUUUUUUUGGCCAGCUCUCUAUUCCCCAUUUAAUCUCCAAAAUUGUUGUGUACUUGCGGUGACGCAACUGUUCACACGUGGGGGAACGCACGCUUUUUUGAGUGAUAUUGCAUGUAGCGAAAAAAAAUAA